AUCUCAACUUUGUAUAAUUAGAUACUCCAAGUAGAACCAAGGUAAUUAAGAGAAAGAAUGAGCCUAAAAAUGCACAUUCCUUUUGCUAGAAUGCUUCUUGCUCUGAUUUUUACUCUGUCUUGUCUAAGUGUUCAAAUAGAAGCGCAACUUCAAGUUGGGUUUUAUAGGCAAUCAUGUCCUUCGGCUGAGCGUAUUGUGCGAGAGGAAGUAAGGAAAGCGUUUUUCAGAGAUAGGGGCAUUGCCCCUGGUCUUGUUCGAAUGCACUUUCAUGACUGUUUUGUCAGAGGAUGUGAUGCAUCUAUCCUCAUCGACUCCACGCCCUCAAACAAAGCCGAGAAAGAGUCACCGGCAAACAAACCAAGCCUUCGCGGGUUUGAAGUUAUUGACAACGCAAAAACUAGACUUGAAGCUCAAUGUAACGGGGUAGUAUCAUGUGCAGACAUAUUAGCUUUUGCGGCCAGAGACAGUGUAGCCUUAACAUUAGGACCAACAUACACCGUUCCAGCAGGAAGACGAGAUGGCAGAGUAUCCUUAGUUUCAGAAGUGCUACAGAAUGUCCCUGGGUUCACGUUUAAUGUUUCGCAACUUACACAAAGUUUUGCGAACAAACAAAUGACACAAGAAGAAAUGGUCACUCUAUCAGGAGCUCAUACAAUUGGUCGGUCUCAUUGCACAUCCAUAACCAACAGGUUAUACAAUUUCAAUGGAACAAGAGGACCAGACCCUACACUUGAUUCAAGAUAUGCAAGACAAUUGCAGCGACAGUGCCCGCAAGGAAGUACAGAUUCUAGCCUCGUGAUUCCUAUGGACCCUCGUAGUCCAUUCAUCACAGAUAGAAACUAUUACCAAGACGUCUUAGCUAACCGCGGCUUAUUAACAUCUGAUCAGACCCUCUUGAUAGACUCCAACACAGCUAAUCAGGUGGCUCAGAAUGCACGGAGUCCCUUUUUGUGGAUGAGAAAGUUCCCUGCCGCGAUGGUGAAAAUGGGUCGGAUUAAUGUUCUUACUGGAACGGACGGAGAAAUUCGGAAAAACUGUAGGGUAAUCAAUUAGAAAAAUGGAUUCAGUUAUAUUUGUCAAGAGAUUCACCUGCUUGAUACCUAAAUAUUAGAGUUUUAACAAAAACUACACGAAAAUGUAGAUGCAUUCUUCCAGAAGUGGAUGUAUAAAUUUUGAUUUUAUUUUAUGCCUUAACUGUGUACUGUAUUUGGACAUAAUGUGAUUUAGGGGUGUUUAAUAGG